UCCAGACACAGUCACGCGCCACAGAAAACAACAGAGAAAUUAAAGGGAAAUCUAUCAAAACAACAGAGAAAUUCUGUUUUCAACCUUUUUUUAGAGAGAGAGAGAGAAGGGGGGGGGAGAGAGAGAGAGAGAGAGAGAGAGGUGGUCGGAGGGGGUUUCACGCUCUUCACGCCGUGUUGACUCCCUGUAGCUGGGAGAGCAAUUCCGACAUAUCCCCAGAUCGGAGCAGCUAAAUUGUUGGCCAUGGGGAGGGAUGUUGCUGGUUUACGUAUCGGCAAGCUGCCUAAUUCUGUCAAAUUGAACUCCGAUGGUGAGUCUCUUGAUAAAGUACAUGUUUCUCCCAAAAUUUCGGGGUUAACUGCCGAAUCAAAGGACUAUGAGGCAGAUGUUCAUACUGUGGAAGACUCGCUUACAGAAGAAUGUCAUGAGAAGCUAGAUGUACCACGUGUUAAAAGCGAAAGUAUGAAUCACAAUGCCGGUUUGCUUGAAGGGGAGACAUUGAAACCUGAGGUCCAAAAGUCAAGCGAGAAAAAGUUGAGCUCACCGGUCAAGGGAAAUGUCCAAUCAAAGGAUAAUCCACAGCUCCCUACUUUGGCAACAAACAAGCAGGUUUUAACUGAAACUCAUACUGUUGGGGCAGAAGCUAUUGAUGCCGGUGGUAAUUGUUCAAAUAACACCAACCCUUCCCUCUCCCCCAACGCUAAAAAGAAAUUACAGACAAUCUCUCCUCGGGUAUCAAGGAAGUCCCUGCAGCCUGAUUACAAGAAGCAUCUUGAUGAGGAAGAUAUUUGCUCCGUCGCUUCAUCAACUGCAGCAUCUGUCCGGACUGUCAAAUUUAAGACCACUGUCGCAGUAGCUCCUGUAUUUAGAUGCGUUGAUCGUUUAGAGAGACGCAAAGAGUUUUACACGAAGUUGGAGGAAAAACAUCAAGCUCUAGAUGUGGAGAAAAAAGAAUUUGAAGCUAGAACUAAGGAGGAACAAGAGGAGGCUAUAAAGCAGCUUAGAAAGAACUUGGUAAUCAAAGCAAAACCUAUGCCGAGCUUUUACCAGGAAGGGCCUCCACCUAAGGCUGAACUGAAAAAGCUUCCAUUAACUCGUGCCAAAUCACCAAAUCUGUGCCGGAGAAAGAGCCAUGGUGAUGCAAUCGGCUCGUCGUCAACGGAAAAGGGUGUUUGCCCCAAGGGACUUCGCCAGAGUCUUGGCAAUCUCAAAGUGGGUAGUUGUACUGCCAAACCUCUAGAAAACAAGGAUCAGAUCAGUGGAAGGAGUGGGAAUGCCACUUGCAAAAUUAAGGAUCGUUCCAAAACAGUCAAGGAGACAGCUAAAACCACCACUCAUAAAAUGGCUGAGCAGACUGCAGACAUCUCCGUCAACGGCUAGAUUUCUUUACAUUGAAUCGAAAGACACGUUUUAGAAUUUUCUCGAUUGCUCAGUCUGAUGUUGUCUUUUCUUGCGUAGAAUGACUUGAUCAAGUGGAAACAUCUCAAAACCGACUUGUAUAUUUUCUGUCCCUUGUAACCUUUACGUGUACACUGUAUUACCUAUAAGCAGAGAUAUACUCUUAUCAAUUGUAAUGCAGACCCAAUUGUUUGUCUUUC